AUAACAUUCCACCAAUCACAUGCAUCUAUUUCACGCACCCAGUCUCAACCUGUAUUUAUUUUUUAAAGACCAAGUUACUCGAUAUUUUGAAUAUUAUUUGAAUUGAUAAUCUUACAAAUGCCCUGGAACCAAUAUGUCUGAAGAUGGUAGACAUCAAGAAGACCAGUUCGACUUCGACGAUUCUAAAGAUGAAGAACUACACGCUUCCAGCAAGCCUUCCUCCUGCGUAACUUCGAAGCAAGUAAACCACUACUACAUAGUAAGCGAUAGUGAAAAAGAUACCUCUUACGUCGACGAACCUCCUUAUAUUUACGAACAAGAAUGUAAAGAUAAUCCCGAACCUGGCGAAGAAACCAUCGAAUGUCAGGUUACCGAACCACCCGAAGAAUUAAACGAAAACAGCCCUUUACCGGCGGGUUGGAAGCAGAUAUUCCACGAAAGCGGUCUACCUGUAUACGUACACAUCGAAACAAACGUAUGUUCUCUAUCUCGACCGUAUUGCAUCUAUAAAAAAGGUACAAAAUCUCAUCUCCUACCCGAAUCAGCUGUACCUUGCUUGUACGAGAAAAGCGUAAAAAAUCCGGACUCUUUCAACGAAGAAUAUUCCGGCGACGCUGCUCAAGCUAGUCAAAGCGACACUACGAUCACCAGACGUCCGAAACAAACGAAAAUAUCUAACUAUUGCGAACGUUUGUUUAAAUUCAAGAAAGUCAAGAUUUUGAAAUUCCGUUCGUGGGGCGUUCGUCGGACUCAUUUACGUACUUUGCGAAACGAACGAAACCAUCGCAAACGACUAUUUUCUAAUAAAAAUAAACUCAUCACGUUUCCUAUAAUCAAGAAAAACGAACACGGUAAAAUAAUAUCGAGUAAACAAUGGGUGAUUAACCGUCGAGGUAAAAGUUACGUAGCCAUAUUGCACGAGUAUCUGCAGCAGUUAUUGAAAACCGCACCAGUGUACACGUUUAGCGAAGUAGAUAAUACCAGAACACCUUACGCAGCUACGGUAAUGGUGAACGGUGACGAAUACGGUAGCGGAGUAGGUAUUAGUAAACGAGAAGCUAAAAUCGCAGCAGCCAAAGCUACUUUAUUAGUACUUCUACCGAAGCUGAAAAAAUCCUUAAUGAAGGCCUGCGAAAAACGAAAGAAAACUGUCACCGAACAAUCAGACUCUGAAGAAGAGGAACAAAAUAUCGCCUCGGUUUUCGACGAUAUUGAAAUAACAGAUCCUAGAGUGAGCGAGUUAUCAAAGGAGACGACCGAACCGACACCUUAUGAAUUGCUGAUGAAAUGCGUUCAGCGUAGAUCGGAUUCUGCAGAUUGUGAUUCGCAACAGGUGGAAAUAAAUUACGACGUUGAAUCGAACGAGUAUACGAUGAGUUUGGGUGAUCAUUCGGUCACAGUGAAAUGUACGAAUAAGAGAGAUGGGAAACAACAAGCUUCGCAGGCUCUUUUACAAGCUCUGCAUCCGUAUAUUAAUAAUUGGGGUUCGUUGCUAAGGCUUUAUUGUAAUCGUACCACAGAUCAUUACCGAUUCGGUCCUCGUAAUGGUACCGAAGAUGCUGCAGAUAUCGAAGAAAUCAAGCAGCGUUCGCCUGAUACGAGUUUAUUGAAUACGUUACGAGAGAGAAUGUUAAGAUUGUGGGAAACAGAAAAAGAUGUCUGAGUCCUCGACGAAGAAAACAAUUAGUCAGUGUAAACGUGUUCAGAUUUAUUAUUUUAUGUUUUUUUAUUUUUUGUACGUGUUUUUUUUCGAAUGAUUCUUUUUUAUGUACUUAAUUCGAACAAAUAUUAUACAUUUUACAUUAAUUAGUAACGAUGAGUUUUCUUUUACUCAAUGAAUCUACAAUGCAAAGAUAAAUUUAGUAUUUACACUAAAAAAAACAAAUUAUUAAAUUUCAACUUUUAAAUUACUUUUGCUGGUUUCCAAUCAAUCAAUCAUCAAUUUAUAAGCGAGCCUUUAAUUCAUUUUUAAUUUAAAAAUAUCAGAGGUACUUGUAGAUAAAUACAAUAAUCGCUCGAUCAGCUGAUGUUGUUGAUAUCCCUGAACUUUUUGCUGCUUCUUUUCCGCCAACGAACGUAUACGUAGACUUACUAUCUAUUAGUGCCUUUUCAAAUUCUUCUUCAAGAUUUCGAAUAGUGGAAAACAGUAUACCUGAAAGUGAAACACGAUGAGAAUUUCUGGUGUGUAUUUCUUCGUUUUGUGCGUUGCAGUAUUUGUUUUAUUGAGCCGCAGUGAGGUUCAUGGUAAAAUUAAAAAUAUCCCAGUAGACGAUAAUGUAUAGGAUAAGAUUCGUCGCCUGAUUCAAGUUCGAGUACCUAUAUACCUACAUGUUUCAGACUCUCCUGCUGGAGUAAAAAUUCGAUGGGAUUUUCAGUGCCAAAAGGAAGGAGAAUGCAUAAUUGAAAGCCCGGAUUAUAACGUUAAACGAAGUCCUGGAUUACAUGGUUAUCAGUCAUAUUAGAACCGUUGAAUUUGUCAAAAGAUGAUAUUAUACUCGUUUAAUUUUAUUAGUUGAAGUGGUACAGCAUUCGCAGACUAGGAAAUAUUUGCAUAAGUCUUACUAACGUAUUAGUGAAUACAACGAAAUUGUUUCAGGGGUGUUACCCUUUGUUGAUCUAGAUCAUGAUCAAUGUCCCAAAUGGCCUCACUUUGAUUCAAGUGAAGUACGAGUAGAUGGAAAUAAGAAAAUAUAACUAAAGCUAUAGCAUCAUUCCUUAUUUGUACGUAGAUUACCGAUUACCUACUUGAGUUAUAAAAUUUCUGUAGUGUCUUUUGAUUGAAUAAAUAUAUGUAUAGAUUUUUUUCACAAAGUUUUUUUCUCUGGAUAAAUUUACUUAAUCCAAAUUGGAAAGUGAAUCAUUUCGGAGACUUUCUGGUGCCGCAUUGUCUCUUACUGUUUUGUAAAACUCUGGUUAUUUACAAAAAGUUGUUAAGAAGUCUUACUUUUUAAAGCUUUUUAAACAAAAAUUGCUGAAAAGUAAGUUGCUUGUGGGCAGAAACUGAAAAAAUAUCCUUUUUUCAAAAUUGCUAGAAGGUCUGAAUUUUUUUACCAGAAAUUGCCAUAUAGUUUUACUUUCUUGCAAAAACACGUCUUCUAUGUCCUAGAAUUGUCAUAGCAUUGUGUGCAGCCAAAAAUAGCAGAAAGUCGCCAUUUGUCAAAUUUGUCAUGAAGUAUUAGGUAUAAAUAAGUAUCGUUUAAAAAUUGCAAAUUAGGUACCUAUUUCAGAAAGUUGCGAAAAAGUACCACUUUUCAAAAUAAUAAUAUUGUAAAAAUACAUCUCUGUUUCGCCAUUAAUUGCCAGAAAGUCCUGCUUUCUGUUAAUUAUCAAAGUCCUAAUCAAGUUUUGUUAUUAAAUGUUAAUUAAAAUGUUUGUUUCGAAGUUUUUUUGAUGUAGGUAGUUAGGUACAUAAUUUUUUUUUCAUUAUCUAUAGGCCUACUUGUAGAUAAAUACUGUAAUCGCUUGAUUAGAAUUUAGAUGUCCUUGUUGAAAUGAUAUCUUCAACUUUUUGCUGCUUGUUUUCCGCUAAGGAGCAUAUACAUAUAGACAUACCACCUAUUAGUGCCUUUUCAAAUUCUUCCAGAUGCUAGAGUAGAAAGUAGAAACCAGUAGGUAUCAGAAAGUAAAGUAUGAUGAGAAUUUCUGCUUUGUACUAUUUCUUCUUAUUGUGCUGUGCACUAUUUGUUUUAAUGACCUGCGGUGUGGAUGAGAAGGAUCUUGAUGCAGAAAACCCCACCAGUGUUCCGGAAUUCUCUGAAGAGUCGAACAAAAUUUACAAUGCCCUCCCCGAAGAUUUACAACUCACUUAUUUUAAACAAAAAUCAAAAGCGGCCAAGGAGUUGGAUACAGCAAAACAGGAGGAAAAAGAUGCAAUCGCUUUAAAAACUUUUCUCAUGUUCAAAUGUGCAACUUCAAAUAUGAAAUCGGAUUGCGAAGAAUUUUACCCAAAAUUUGUGGGUGAAGGUGGAAAAUCUCAAAACGCAAAUGUUAGAGAAUUCGUUAAAUCAUUUAUGCGAGAUAUCAAGACUGAUUUUAACAUCACAAUCGAACUUGGGGAUAUGAUUAACAAUUUUUCAUUAACAGACGCAUACUAUGGUGUUGAUGAACGAUUUCAGGCUAAAACAAAAAUGACUACCUAAUUAUUUUUACGAUAUAUGCGCGUACCUGUGGAGAUAUAACAAACCGAGAUAUAGAGACUAUUUGACAGAUGAUUCUUACGAAAACGCUAAAGCCCUUAUGUGUAAAAUCAUCAAACCGGAGUUUAACGAAAUAGAUCAGAAGAACGAAAUUAUCAAAUUUGCAACAUUUUAUGCCCGCAUACGUCAUUGGUCCAACCAUUUUGCACACAAUUGCGAUGGUAUUUUCAAUACGAAAAGCGUGGAAUUAGCCAAAAAGAAAGGACGGGAUGUAACAUUAUAUGAAGUACUGGAUUACAUGCGCAUGUUAAAACCAUUGAAUUUUUCUAAACAUGAUAUAACAAUUUUAAAUUUAUUAGUUGAGGUAGUACAUAAUUCGCAGACUAGAAAAUAUUUUCAUAAGUCUUACCAACAUGUAAAUUUAUUCGAUGAAAAAAUUCAAGGAGUGUUACCCUUCGUUGAUCUAGAUCAUGAUCAAUGUCCCAAGUGGCCUUACUUUGAUUCAAGUCAAGUAGGUACCUAGAUGGAAAUAAGAAAACAUAACUAAAGCUAUAGCAUCAUUCCUUAUUUGUAGAUUACCUAAACUUGGGGUAUAAAAUUUCUGUAUUGUCUUUUGAAUAAAUCUAUAGAAUGAUUUUUUUUUCAAAGUUGUUUUCUCUGGAUAAAUUUACUUAAUCCAAAUUGGACUGGUGCCGCAUUGUCUCUCACUGUUUUGCAAAACUCUGAUUAUUUACAAAAGAUUGCUAAGAAGGCUUGCUUUUUAAACAAAACUUGCUGAUAAGUAAGUUUCUCACUUUUUUGCUUGUAGGCAGAACUGAAAAAUAUCCUUUUUUCAAAAUUGCUAAAAGGUCUGAAUUUUUUAUAGGUACAUACCAGAAAUUGCUAUUGUGCAAUACUUUCUUGCAAAAACACCUCUUCUACUAGAAUUGUCAUAGCCUUGUGUCCAGCUAAAAAUAGCAGAAAGUCUCGCCAUUUGUCAAAUUUGCAAUGAAGUACCUAGAUGCUAGAGUAGAAACCAGUAGGUACCAGAAAGUAAAGCAUGAUGAGAAUUUCCGCUUUGUACUAUUUCUUCUUAUUGUGCUGUGCACUAUUCGUUUUAAUGACCUGCAGUGUGGGUGAGAAGGAUCCUCCUCUUCCUGAAAAAAGCGAGCCCUCGAAGCUAGAUAACCGUGAAAUACUUUCUGCAGGGUCGAAAAUUUUUUACGACGCCCUCCCCAAACAGUUACAACCCAGUUUUAUAGAUCUAUACAAAAACAAAGACGGAGGAAACUGGAAAAAAUUCUUCUCAUGUUUGCAUGCGAAACUUCACACAUGAAAUCGGAUACUGAGAAAUUCUACCCAAAAUUCGUGGGUGAAGAAGAUACGAAAUAUCAUAAAAAGGCAGCUAAAAUAUAGCUUAUAGUUUAUUGAUGCAGGGUGUCAAGGAGGAGUUCAGGAUUCCAAUCGAACUCAGGAUUUAAUUAAGGAUUUUGCUGGAGAAGAGCCGCAGUUUGAUGGUGAACCACAAUUUGUGGCAAAAGUUAAGAUGAUAAAUUAUUUUUACGAUAUGUGCGGUUAUUUAUCGAGAUAUACUGAUGAAAAAGUUAUACCAUAUUAAUUUGACGGUGCGAUAGAAUUUUCAAUGCGGAAAGCGAGGAAUAUACCAAAUUGAAAUGCUGGAAUGUAAUGUUGAACGAAGUACGAUUAAUGUCCCAAAUGGUCUCACUUUGAUUCAAGUGAAGUACCUAAAUGGAAAUAAGAAAACAUAACUAAAGCUGUAGCAUCAUUCCUCGUUAGUUGUUUGUAGUGUAGAUUACCUACCUACUUAGGUUAUAAAAUUUCUGUAGUGCCUUUUGAAUAAAUCUAUAGAUUUUUUUUC